CUUGACAUCACCGUAGUCGGGACUGUGUCGAGUUUCGAUGCGAAUUGCUUCCCUUCCACAGUUUUAUAAAAGAAGGUCGAAGGAGAGAAGACCGAGUUAGGUUAAUAUGGUCAAACAGAAAGGAUUUCCCAUGGAGAGGAUUUCUACCUUGGCUCUGCUCUGUCUGUUGUGGUCAGGUGUCACGGCCCUACAGGUUAAAAUCCCUAAAACGGAGUAUGAAUUUGCCAGAGGAGACAACAUCACACUACCAUGCACAUUUACACCUUCCAAACCUAACCCACCACAGAUCAGCAUCACAUGGUCAGCUGAGGCAGAAAAGGCUAAUGCGGAAGAGAGCGUGGUCCUCACCUAUUUCUACCCCCUAGGGGCCACUAAUGUCAAAGCCAAGUAUGAAGGUCGGGUCCGUGUUGAUCUAGACAUCAAAACUGGAAAAGCUGACCUGAAACUUUCCUCCAUCACACUGGACGACAACAAGAACUUUGAGUGUCGUGUUCUGAUCCCAUUUGACGAUGAGGGCCAGCCAUAUGACACUACACGUUUGGUAGUUCUAGUGGCUCCUUCAACACCCAUCUGUAAAAUCCAGGGAAAGCAAGAGUAUGGCCAGAACAUCAACCUCACCUGUGUGUCGGAGGAAGGUUCCCCUCCUCCCACUUAUAAGUGGGAGAGUCGGGAUGUACGAAAUAUGCCUCGUGUUGCAGACCCAAGAACCACUGACAAGGGAGGCAUCCUGUCUCUGUAUAAUAUCUCCAAAGACACCUCAGGAUACUACACCUGCACGUCGAGUAACAAGAUCCGCUCUGCUUCUUGUAACGUCACCCUCUCAGUAUUGCCACCAUCCAUGAACAUCGGUUCCACUGCAGGAAUCAUUGGUGGAGUCAUCGCCGCGUUGAUCAUACUCAUCAUCGUCAUCUACUGCUGCUGCUGCAAAAAGAAGAAGCAAGAUGAGGAAUACGCCAUGGGGGCUCGUGAGGAGGAGUUCCACGACAAAGAGCCCGGAAAAAAUGGUGAGACUCGCCAUCCUGAUGGGCAGGAGACUACGCCGGAUUAUGAUGAUUCCAGCGUAAGGAGUCCUAAUGAUCGACGUGACGAAGAAAGGAGUGAGCGUGGUUAUGACAAGCGUAGGGAUUACGACGAUGGGCACAGCGAUUAUGAUGAUCGCCGUAGUGACUACACUGACCGACGCAGAGACUACGAUGACCGACGCAGCGACUAUGAUGACCGACGUAGCGACUAUGACGACAGACGCAGUGACUACACUGACCGACGCAGCGACUAUGAUGACCGCCGUGAGCGCUAUGACGACGAUCGCCAUUACAACGAUCGCAGAGACCGUCAAUAUGAUGACCGUGACUGACCGUGAUGACUUUCAAGGAUGGACUAUGACGAUUAAGCCAACUAAUCUCUGUUAAAGUCACCAUCCGGAUUUCUUUGUUUUAUCCUUUCUGAUUCUACAUGUGGGAGACUUUUCCCCAGUUGGGCUUUUUAUAUGAAAAUUUUGCAGCUUUUGUUAUUUUAGCGUAGAUGUGGCUGAGCGUUGGUCUGGGAAGUUCAGGGAUGUUUUUAAAAGUCAGCGCUGGGUGAGGUCAAAAGUGUAACUCAGGUUUAAAUAAUGCUAUGAAAAAUAUGUUUAUCCUUGCAUGCAAAAUUUGGGUUUUAUUGAUUUUAAGAGCCAGAGAAGCGUCCCACAGAUCUCACAUUUUCUUUAUUUAUAAAAAGGUUUUUUAAACUAACUUAAUAUUUUUAUCUGGCAUUUCCACUGUUGUCCAACAGAAAUGUUUCCAGCUUAUGAAGUCAUUCCCAUUAUUAAUAUUUUAAUCACAGAAUGUGGUAUGUAGAGCAUUUAAAUCAAAUAUUUUAGGAUAUAUAAUACAAUAAUCACACUCUUUCUCUAGACUAUGAAUCAAACAUGCUUUACUCUGACUAUUUUCUUUUUGCUGAUGUACAGUAUUCUUUGUUUUCAUUUGUAUCAGGGGCCUUUUUGACUUUUAAAUGUGAUACUUCAGUUAUUUAUCAUUUAUAAUUUGCCAUUAUUUUGCACAGAGGCAGAAUACUGUGUGCAAAUGUUGUCAGAUGAUGAAAGGGAGUUUUGUAAAUCAUGAGGUUGGUAUUUUAGCUUUAAACUGCUGAUUUAAUGAGCGCGCCAAAGUGUUUUUACAUUUUUAUUAACACAGGUCCUUCUGGGUGUAACUGGUGGUAGUGUUUUUUAAUCUUAUCAUUUAAAAAAAGCUGCACUAAAAAAGAAAAAAAAAUUGAGAUUAGCAUUCUGUACAUUUACCUGAACUGUUGUUUUUGUGUACAGAGAUAAAUACUGUGUAUUCUAUAGAAACACAAGCUCUGAACUAUUUUAACGGUGCCUGUAGUGAGUGCUUUUGAUUCAUUUGUUUUGUACUACAAUAAAAAUAAAAACUGGAACUACAAUUUCUGCCAAUUAUUGGUCGUGAUAUUGUCUUUCCUGGUUUUAAUGUUUUUAUUGCAAAAAAAUCUCUGUCAAUUGUAAAUAAUUCUGCCUGUGUUUUAAAUGUGUUUUUAAGACCAGUGGAUACUGAGAAUCGCUGUAUAAUAAUAUUUUGAUCAUCAUUCAUCAACAUAUGUUACUUUAGAUGAUAUGGAAUUAUGCACAUUUUAUAAAUAGAUAAUAAAUACUUUUUUUUUUUUUUUUUUAACAAGGGGGUUAAA